AUGUUUCUUUUUUCGAAUUCUGAUGCAAAGCGUGGAAGAGGGGGAGGAUUGAGAGCAGGAUCUUAUGGUGGUUCUUCUUCAAGUUCUUCUAGUGACUCAUCAUCAAAUGGAGGAGGCACAGCUGUAGGAUUCCUUCUCAUGCUACUCUGUUGUGGAGCUGGAAUAGGUGGAAGAAUUUAUCGAUGUUAUAGGAAUGAAGAACGCCGUAAACGUACUGAAGAACAAGUACAUCGUAUUUGCACAAAUUUAUCAGAAGUAUCUCGUAUGCAACAGCUUCAUGAAAGGAACUUAUCAAAUAUGACUGGGUAUAUAGCAGUGCAUGUACCAAUUGGAUCCUUUCAGGAAGUAUCUGAAAAACAGAUUGAAAAAAAUGAAACUGAGCAACCUGAAAUUCAAUCAUCAAAUGAUUUACAACAACCAAAUAGUGAAGAAGAAAAAUGCUCGAUGAUUGUGCCCGUCAAAGAUAAUGACACGUCACCAUCGCGUACAAACUAA